AUGAAUAUUUCAGUAUGCACUGAUUGAUGCUGACCUUUUUUGUGAUGGGGUGCCCAGUGUACAGGUCUCAAAUAAAGAACCAUCAUUAAUUAACCAUUAAGCACCAGCACUCUCCCCUUGACGAGUAAAAUCGUCUGGCAUUAGACGGAGUAAAAUCAUAAAGUAGGGCACAAUGCAACUUAAUGGGUUAACCCAUUAAGUGCCAGUGCUAUCUCCUUGACAUCGAGUAAAAUCGUCUGGCAUUAGACGGAGAAAAAUAAUAAAGUAGGGCACAAUGCGACUCAAUGGGUUAACCCAUUAAGCACCAGUGCUAUCCCCCUGACAUCGAGUAAAAUCGUCUGGCGUUAGACAGAGUAAAAUAAUGAAGUGGGGCGCAUCAGGGCGAAAUUCUACUUAAUGGUUAACUAGACAUGUGAACAGAUAGGCCAGUUAACCCAUUAAGCGCCAGUGCUCUCCCCUUGACAAGUAAAAUCCUUGACAAGCAAAUUCGUCUGGCAUUAGACAGAGUAAAUUAAUAAAGUAGGGUGCAUCAGGGCCCAAUGCAACUCAAUUGGUUAACCCAUUGAGCCCAGCACUCUCCCCUUGAUGAGGAAAUUAUCUGACUUUGGCCAGUCAGUAACAUGAUAGAAUAGGGUGCAUUAGGGUGCAAUGCAUCUUUAGUUAAAUAAUGAGUUGGUUAAUCUGCUGAAUGUAAAUAUUAAUUUUCUUUACUUUUAUGUUUUUAUAGGUAUUGCAAGCUGAAGCAUUAAGUUUCCAUACUACCUGGGCAGUGCUAUGGCUUUGGAAGCUAUGUGCUGCAGAUAUCUUCUUAGAACUCACCAUUGUAGCAAUAUUCUUUGACAAGUUAUGGGUGAGUAAUGAAGUUUUUAGUCAUAUUUUACUGUAUCUCUUUAGUAAUUAUGGCCAUAGUAAUUAUAAAAUGCUCUUUUUAUAAUUGUUUAAUUAAACUACCUAGUGAAAAGGUCAUUGUUAUUAUACCUUUUAAACCCUGGUUAAACGAGAAUGAGAGUUGAUGAGAAGAGAGAGUUUUUCUUAACUCUUCCUAUCGUUGAAUUCUCUAUAGAAACCUGUAGGCACCUAUAGCUUUCUAUAGACCCAUUGCACAUGACGUCACAGCGCCGGCGACGAUGCAUUUGGAGGACAAAUUAGCAAUCUAUGCAUAAUAUAACUUUUGUAAACAAAGCAAAUUUUGUAAAACUUUAUAAUAAUUUUGUAUUAAAAUGGUUAGUUUUUGCGCUGUAUGUGGUUGUUGCAUCCGAACAGAUAUUGUUAGGGAGCAUCUGGAGGACACUCUAAGGAUUUGUGACGUCAGUGCAAAGGGUCUAUAGGAUUAUAGGCAUCCCUAUAGGUCACCUAUACAGGGUGUAUAAAAAAACUGAACAGAUUUGGAAUUGCUCUCAAUUUUGCAAAAGCAACCAGGGGUUGACAAAAUUUGAGUUGGAGACAAUUUUUUUCAUUUUUCUGCAUUAUACUGUAAGUACCCAAAGAAGCUAUAUAUUAGAGGUGUGCAAAUCCGAUCCGAUCGGAUUUGUUCGGAUUUCGGAACCAAAAUAUUCAUAUCGGAUCGGAUUGAUAAAGUUGUUUCACAGUCGGAUCGGAUCGGACUUCGAUAUCCGAAAUAAAAUGAAUUGAUUAUCCAUGCGCAUUAUCGCAAGAAUUAAUUAUUCGUGCAUUCAUCAAAGCAUUAUCGCGGUUGUCGCUGCAUUAUUUGUUUGAUUCUUGAAUCGGACGUCACUUUGUCAGCUUCUUGACAUGUAUUUCUUGCUUUUAUACUUAUUUGGUUAAAUAUUUCAACUUGAAUGAGAAAUUUAUUUUAUUAAAGAAUUCUUCGGAUAGGAUCGGAUUGGAAUUCUUUAUCAAUGCUCGAAUUCGGAUUAGACAAUUUCGGAUCAGAUUUUAAACAUUAGGCAAUUGUCGGAUUAUAAACGUCCGAUCCGAUGCACACCUCUACUAUAUAUAUCAAAAUUCAGAGCAAUUUCAAAUCUGUUCAGUUUUUUUAUGCACCCUGUAGAAAAUGUUCCAAUUGCCAAAAAAAAACAUAUAGGUUUCCUAUAGGAACCUGGUAUAUAGGUUGGCCUUUUUUUGUACCGUAAGCUAGGGUCGACAUACAUUGGAUCAAUAAGUAUUAUAAUAAUAUUUUCUAAAGUUUUGAAACAAAUAGAUGUGCGGAAAUCCAUUUGAAAAAUAUGCUGUCAACUUCAUCUGACAAUAUCGUCAACUGACAACAUUCGUCAUUAACAUUUGGCAAAACGUGAAAUUGUCCCGAUUAAUUGUUGUGUGUAAACGCACUGUAGCUAAAGGCCCUGUCACACUAUUGCGUAUGAGAGAAAGUAUGAGAAGCGUAUGAAAAUUAAUGAAAUAAUUUUCAUACGCACAAAAAUCCUUUGAAAUGCCAGCGUACGAGUACCGUACAUCUGGCGUACCUCUAGCGUAUUCAGCGUGUGCCUAUAGAGUAUGCUUAUCGUAUAAAGCAUACGUCCAAAUACGCACAAAAUUUUUGAGCAUGCUUAAAAAAAAUUUUCUGCCUCGCCGUAUGCCACCGUAUGAGACCGUGCUUGAAACGUAUACAACCUAUGCCUAACGUACCCCUAACGUAUGUCAGCGUAUACCGGCGUAUGAGUGAUAUUUUUCAUACGCUAGUACGAUACGCAAUAGUGUGACAGGGCCUACUCAACUAUCCAUCUGACUGUCUCAUGUUAUUCAUUGACCCAUUAAGGUGCAAGAGUGCAAGACUCUCCCCCUUGACAAGUACAAUCAUCUAGCUGGUGUUAUACAGAGUCAAAUAAUACAAUGGGGCGCAUCAGUGUGCUUUAUUAUCACUUAAUGGGUUAAGUAACAAGUGAAUGAACAAUAGAGCAGUGCGGUUCCAAAAAUUUUAUCUCGGUUCCGGUUUUUUUGGAAUGGAAAAACCUCGGUUCGGUUUCGGUUAUUUUCAAAAAAGAAUAAUAGUACAAAUGUAUGAACUGAUUUAUGUAUGUUUCGAACAUUUUUACUAAAUUGAUGAAUUUAUACCUUUGUAAGUUUAUAUAAAUCUCUGAAUAUUUUAAAAGAACAAUUGGAAUUUAUUUAUGAACAUGAAAUAUUUCUUUUUUAAAAAAAUUUAAAGCAAGUUCACAACAAUUAUCACAACUAAAAUAUCAACUAUUUGAGCACCAAGUACAGUGCAUAUUGUGCACAAAGAGCACAAUCUUGUUAUUUUCCAAACAUUUCAGCCUGCAAUCAGGUGGGCGUUUGGCGGGCGUUGAACGGGAAAUUAAAACCGAAACUACCGGUUCUUUUGCGUAUAAUUUUUCGGUGCUAAAAAAAGUACCGGGAGAACCGAAUUUUUCGGUUAUUAUUAUUAUUUAUUAUUAUUUAUUUGUUAUUAUUAUUUAUUCUUAUUAUUUAUUAUUAUUAUUUAUUAUUUAUUCUUAUUAUUUAUUAUUCUUAUUAUUUAUUUUAUUAUUUAUUUAUUUAUUUAUUUAUUAUUUAUUAUUAUUUUCGGAAUUUUUCUAAUUUUUCGGUUAUUUGUUAACCGCACAGCUCUAAUGAACAAUCUUUCUAAUAAUGCUAUUAUUGUUUUUUAGAGAUGGGUUGUUUUAGUAAAUUAUGUUGGCCCAGCAACUUUAGCAAUAACUGUUGUUCUGUCUCAAAUGCAUGUUAUUAUGGUAAGUUUAAUUAAUUAAUAGACUAAGUGCACAAAUUACUUAACAUGGGGAAGUUUAUCAACCAUAGAACAGGAAAAUUGAGGACAAGGAAGGAAAAUAUUUUAAAUAUUGGUGCCAAUUUUAUUAUCAAAUUCUUUUUUUCAAUUUGGAAAGGCAAUAUUCCUAAAGCCAAUUCCACAAAAGGCCUGAACCUGUAGAACACUGCUCAGUGCUGCCAUGGAUUGUAAAAUAACUGGAUAGGAAACUUCCUGACGUCACAGUAUAAACCUAGUUGCAAUCUGUGACGUCACGCGUAUUGCGAAUAUUACCAAAGUUUUCGGCAUUUAUGUUGUUUCGCUAUAUUUUCCACUUUAAAAGAGUAAUAUUGAAGCAUAAACUGGUCUAAUUGUUUUAAAAACAUGCCUAAGCUACGACAAAGUAUUCAAGGUAAAUGUUUUUCGUCUUUGUUUUGUAUUUUUUUACAUUUGUAGCUACGAAAUUUUAACGAAAUUUGCUAUGAUUGAUGAACUUUUCACUGUUUAGUGCUUGAAAUAUUUGCUAAAAUUGACUGGGAAUACUUGGAGAUUUCAUCGUAGAAUGGCGUGGUUAUAUUUAUUUGCUCUUUGACUAAAAUGAUUAGCUGUAUUAUUGCUAAACAUGCCGUUUUUGAGAAUUUGGUUUGCAACUGGGUUUCAACAUCCAAUCACGCCAUCAGCCCAUUGAAAACAUUAGGUCACGAGCUAGUUUCGUAUCCAUUUAUUUUAUUAUCCAUGGUGCUGCAUACUGUAGCUCCAAGUUAUUAUGCACUUGGUCAACAAUUGCACCUGAGUAUGUAAGCACUGUGCUAACCAUGACUAAGGUCGAUGAGUUACACACCCUACUAGAUCUGGGUGGAUCCCUGUAUGUAGUAAUGUAGGCCUGAGCACUAUGUUCUGUAUAAAUACUUUUUCUCAUUUGAAUUUUUAUUUUUACUCUAGGUUCGGCAAUAUCUUGGUGUGUAAUGAAAUGGUACUGUAUAUGAAUUUUAGCCUGAGAGUAUCUUUUGUUCUUAAGAGAUUUUAAUGCUUGUAAAUAUAUUUUUGGUAGUGACAAAAUUCUUAUUUAUUUGUCCAAUAUCUGCAAAGCUGAUGAUAGGUGGAGCUUUGUUUGAAUCAGUGGUGAAGAUAACCAUAGCAACCGGUCAUGAUAUGCAAAUGUUUAAUGAUUUGCAUAAUAGACUUUUAUAAAAAGUUGACGUCAGCAGGCUUGUGACGUAGUUUGCGGAGAAAAUCCCGAAAGCUCAGAGUUGUUUACUUGUUUUGAGUUUUUUAAGAGCCAAAAGAAGCCAGUAUUAUGGUAAGUUUGAAGUCAAUUUUUCUAUAUAUAGGCCAAAUGAGUUUUCAUAUUCGUUAGAGUUUAAAUUUUAUUUGUUUUUAUCCUAGAUUGUACAUUUAUUUUACUGUCAACAUUUAGCAAAUUGUUCGCUCGGUCUGUUUACAUAUUUCUUUGCUGAAAAGUAGGCUAUAUUUUUUCUAUUUUGUUUCUCGAAUUCAUCAGUCUAAUCAUCAGAAUGGCCCAACCUGGCAAAACCUUGAUAGAAAAUUAAAGCUAGAUUGUUGACCAAUGUGUUAUACACGAUUGAUAAAAGCUAUACUUGUCAUGUAUGUUCACUUCAACUAUAUUUAUCGAUAAAAUAAGAGACUUUAUAGUCUUAGUUUAUAGUAUGUCUAAGUUCACUUAUGACUUAUGUACCUCUUUGCACGAUCACUGAGCCUGUGUAUUGCUGUCUACAGCUUGAUUGGGGGCCAUUCUGAUGAUUAGAGUGAUGAAUUCGAGAAACAAAAAAGAAAAAUUAUACUUUUUAGCAAAGAAAUAUGUAAACAGACCGAGCGAACAAUUUGCUAAAUGUUGACGGUAAAACAAAUGUACAAUCUAAUAUAAAAACAAAUAAAAUUUAAACUCUAACGAAUAUGAAAACUCAUUUGGCCUAUAUAUAGAAAAAUGUACUUCAAACUUACCAUAAUACUGGCUUCUUUUGGCUCUUAAAAAACUCAAAACAAGUAAACAACUCUGAGCUUUCGGGAUUUUCUCCGCAAACUACGUCACAAGCCUGCUGACGUCAACCUUUCUAUAAAGGUCUAUUGCAUUAUUCAAAUUAGUUUAGUUCAUUUGAAAGAACUCUUAAAACUAUAUAUUAAAUUCCAUUAAAUUCCUUAGUUUUCAAAAUAUGUCGACUGAAAAAGUGAGCUGUUCGCCAUCUUGGAUUAUUGAGGAUAUGCAUGUUACGUCAAGAGAAUUUUUUAUCUUGAGAGUAAGCGAUCAAUAUGGAUCCAAAACUUUGUUUCUGGUUGCUGUCUGAAAUUUAGAAAUGAUUUAAAAACAUUUCAAACAAUUCUGGAUUGUUACUCUGCCAUUUUAGAGUAAUUUUAUAUGGUUAGCCCAACACCUGACGUCAUCAAAACCAUAAUUAAUGGGUCCAAGAUGGCGGACAGCUCAUUAAUUUCGGUCUAAACACCCCGAGAACUAAGCAAGAUACGACAAAUUGGUAAUAGAGUUUAAUAUAUAACUUUAAGAGUUCUUUUGGAUGAGACAAACUAAUUUUUUAUUGCCAAUCUCCUUUAACCUAUUUAGAUACAGGUUUACAUAUUAGGGCAUAACAUGAUUAGUUGCCAUGGAUAGCUUUGCCAGUGGUUCAAAUUAUGUACUGUAAUUUGUUGGCCUGGUUUCAUGCCUAGUGUAAACAUUGAACUUUCCAUGUGCCUGGACCCACUUUAAUAAGGUAAAUGAUUCAGACACUAUGUUUUAUACACUAUAUUAAAUACAAAUAUAAAUACUAUAUAUGCAUACAGGGAUUAAUACAAGCAUUUUAGCCUACUACCGGGUUUUUUCGGAAAAUUGAAUUUUAGAACUCCACUUUCAUUAUUAAAUCCUUCCCGUAAAAUUCUUGAUUUUGUCUCCCGCAUCCAGACAGCACUUUUAAGGGAAAAAAGGUCUUAAAACAGGACGGUGUUCAAUGGCGUGUUGAAGAACAUACAACGAUCAAGUGCUUUCGUCCUUUUACAAUUAAUUAUUCCCAUUUAAUUCCCACAAUUUCGUCAAAAUCAUAUUGUGAAAUAUAUAAUUAAGGAGAAAGAUUGAGUUUCAAUGAGAUUUCACUACCGUACACCGGCUGUACAAAAAUGGUUGUAUUAAUCCCUAACAUAUAGGCCUAGCGUUAUAUACUUAUCACACUCGGGAAAAGCAGUGUGUUUUGUGGCCCCUCGACCGCCGUUGUUGCCCUCGGCUCAGCCUCGGGCAACAACGGUGGUCGCGGGACCACAAAACACACUGUUUCCCUCGGUCUCAGUAAAUAAGUGUUUUGUUAUAUAGUAUGUAAGUGUCAAAGUAUGAAUAAUUCACCGGUUAUUGGAGUGAACUUAAUUAACUAGUGAAACCAAAACUGGAUAAAUGGAACGCCGUAGAUGUUUAAUAAAAAGUUUAAAAAAUGAACUUUGGAACUUCAUGGUUGACACGUGUUAUAUUGUAAGAAACAAUAUAGAUAUGUAAUGUGAACGUUAAUACUUAUAGGAAACUAUUAUGAAAUAUAUACAUCGCUUCAUCUAUGCCUCGUGUCUCUGUGUCUGUCCUUCCCCGUAAGUCCUCUUCCCUGAAUCCCGCUACCAGUUCACUUCAUCGUAGAACACAACAUCUCCCUUUUACUUUAGAAUAUGAAAUAUACUUAUGCAAACAAUCAUGCACCUAAAUUAUGACCAAAAUUCAAUAGUUCUGGUUUAAAUGUCAACCUAAACAAUAGUACCAAUAUUUUAACAGUUAAGUUUCUUCGCGCAAGAACCGAGGUCUUCUUCGUACUCUUGCCGGAUACCUUCGUGGAAUAUCUUGUGGCUGUUCGUUAUUAUCUUCAUCGUCCGUUACAUCGCUAGCGCUGUCGUCGCAUUCCUGUUCAUCAGCACUUUCGUCUUUCGAGUAAAAUCUUUUGAAAUGCGAUACGUUUCUGGUGGUAGUGAGAUCGUGUCUCGCUGCGGUUAUCUUUGUGCCAUUAACUUUCGUUACAGUCAAAGGUGUUGGAUCAAAAACAGUACUAAAUUUGUUUUUUCGUUCUUGUUUCACCAAAACUUUCAUUCCUACUUCGAUGUUUGCUUUCCGAGCUCGUCGUCUUUUAUCUGUAUACUGCUGCGCUUUCGACUGCUUCUCUGACGUAUUUAUCUUAGCCUGUUCGUGUAAAAUCUUGUAAUCAAUAUCGCCCUCUUUUACAAAAGUUGGCAUGUUCGUACGAACUUCGCGAUUGAACAACAGUUGACUUGGUGCUACCCCGGUGGUACAGUGUGGUGUAGUUCUGUAAGCUAACAGAAAACCAUGUAGCUCUUCUUUCCAAUCCUUUCCUUCCAUUUUCGCUGCUUUUACAG